UUGGCUCAACCAACGAACACGGUAAUAAGAAUUUCCUAAAUCGAAUAAAGUUGUUUUCAAUUGCAAACCCUGAACGCGAAACUUCUCGUUACACGUUAACAUAUUGGAUAGAUACCUGACAUGCUCUCUCACUGUGAACCAAUUAAAAUUUAUUUGCUUCAUACCCGUCACAUCUGCGUAUAAUUGACAAUCUAUGACCUGCGAUUUUACAUUUGGGAAAUGUGUCUAUUUGUACAUACAGUCCUUUCAUAAUUGCAAUGUUUCAUGGAAUGUUUGUUUCGAAUGCUGAUUGUCAACACAAUACUGUUGACAAAAUGUUAUGCGCUAAUUGAAUCUAUUCUUCUGCAUGUUCAUUGCUGCGGUGUAUUUUAUAUGAUGUCCUAUUACACGAAUUUUAAGGUUUAAUACUGUGUAAUUUAUAUAAAAUAAUGUGACUUUCUUACUAAAGUUGUUGGUUAUUAAAGUAAAUCAUAAACAGAUUUUAGUCUAAGUCCAUAGCACACCUACUCUAAAUCUAUGUCCAAAGUAAAUUCAGUUUGAGAUUGCAAAACUUCACACUGUGCUCGGCUUAUCAUGAAAUUUAUGAUUUUAAUAGUAAUAAAGUCACAACGAAAUUUAUUUAUGCACUAAAAUUCAUCGCCGCCGCAAUUUGAGAGAAUGUUGCAUUUCGUAGUUUUGAAUUUAAUAUUAUUGUCGCUUGUUGAAUCUGUACCUGACAAUAGAGAUGACUCUGGUGAGGUCAGAGACAUUGACGCGGGGCUUCUAUCCAAUCUGAGGAAUGAUGCUAACUUAGACCUAUCUGUAGACGAAGAGUACGAAGAUCUAAGAGCGGAGUUGCUGGCUUACCAUACCGCUUUUGCUUCGCUUGCGUCUCAACCGGAUACUCGGAGAUCGAUGAUGACAACUCCGUGCUGGACACUCGGUGGAAUCUGCAUUAACUACAGAUUAUGCACUGGAUACCGCUUCCUGACCGAAGUCCCAGGCUGUAAAGACAAAUUAAACGUGUGCUGUUUCACAUGGAACCGUUUUCAUGUAAAAGACAUGACGCAUAAAGGCAUCAGUAAUCUAGCUAUGCCCUGGUCUGUGCAACAAGACUUUGGAGGCGAGGGCAUCAAAGAAGUAAGCAAACCGACGAAAAAGAAAAAAUCCAAGAAACGCGUAAAACCAGAUGCGAAGAAAACCUUGGCACUUAUAAUAUCGAAAUAAAUACGGUUUCAAUAGAUUUUUGAUAUAACUUAAAGAAAAAUCAAUGCAUUAUAUUUACUAAAUAGAAAGAAGCAAAUUGUUCAGAAAGAUAUUACAUUUAUUAUGUAGAAACAUACCCGAAAUGUCUGCAAGCAUUACAAGCGAGUUAGCAAAGAGAAUUUAAAAAGGUAUUUUUAAUUUCGAACGCCAAUAAACUUCUAGAUUUGAUUGGUUCAGAUUCAAUCAACAACUACAGCUUAUCUGCCGAGCUGUACGCUUAAUUUAAAUGGAUUAUAAAAUAUCUAUUCCGGUUGCUUUCGUAUAUAGCCAAUCCCACAAUAAUGUUUUUGCUAUGGUGCAUUGUUCUAGUAAAUCAUUGUUUUAAUUCAAGAGCUAAAAUGGUUUUAUCAACUUUACCAACCAGAUUACCAGACUCAUACAAAGAUGUGUUUAAAGCAGGAAACAGCGGGAAGCCCACAUUGGGUAAUACAGCGGCGACUUGCUGGGCUCGCGGAGGCGUCUGCAGGGACGUGAGAGACUGUCCCGAGCUGAAAAUUGAUGUCUCUGUGGCUGGCUGCGCUUGGGGAUACAAAGUGUGUUGUAAAAUGUUCAAAUUCGGCUCGCCAUCGGUCGGUCUUGUUAGGAAACGAGGCGUUAUAUUUACAGCCGAUGUGCAUUCACUGGAAGAUGUUGCUUUGAGAAAUUCUUUGCGGCUUCGUAAUAGAUAAUUACGUGAUUAAUAAAAGGACGAAGAUUUACUUUAAAUGUGAUUUGUCAAUAAAGAGGUCUUGAUUUAUAAAAUUUAUUUAAACACAAAA